GUAAUUUAAUUACAUUAACUUCAUGAUAAUUCUUAGUAGGCAGUAUAUAGUUAUCACGUGUUCAGUUUUAUUCAUUUUUUUCAAUCUGAGUAAAUUGAUUUCCUUGUUGAAAUGUCAUUCCACUUUAGUUUAUUUUUGAAUCUUUAUUCCACUUUAGGGCAUGACUUUCAGAAUCAUUGUUACUUUAGAGAAUGUGUUACGCAAGAAAUUCUGGUGUGAACAAUUAGAGUGAAGUGAAUUCCGAAAAUUUUUGGUGAAAGACUGUUAUCUCCCAGUACUCCCUUGCUGCAGUGUCUUCAGGAAUAGAACUUGAGGCAUGAUUGGGAUAUAAAAAUAUGAGGCCAACAGUCUCCUUCAUCGAUGGUGUGUGUGACAAGAUAUAAAUCCCUUUCACCGAGUGAGUGCACCAAACUAUGAAUCUGGCUAACAGGCAGUAUAAGCUGUUCUUUAUAUUAUUUUUGGUAUUUUCCGGUGGCGAGGCUGCGCACACCGUAAAACGCUUCACCGGUCUAUACACAGGUCCUUAUUUCGAUCCCACAACAACAACGAACAUAACCACACAACUUGGGACCCACGCCUAUCUACCUUGCAAGGUGAAACAGCUCGGCAACAAGUCAGUGUCCUGGAUAAGGAGAAGAGAUGCUCAUAUACUAACAGUAGAUAGAUACACUUUUAUAGCAGAUGACCGCUUUCAAGCCUUCCUUGUUGAGGCCACCGACACAUGGACGCUGCAGGUUAAAUACGUUCAGGCAAGAGAUGCCGGACAGUAUGAAUGCCAAGUCAGCACAGAACCAAAAAUGAGCCAUUUUAUUACUCUCAACGUUGUAGUGCCAAAAAUUGAAAUAUCCGGCAAAUCAGAUGUAUACGUCCGUACUGAAAGUACAGUUAGUUUGCGGUGUGUGAUAACUCAAUCGUUGGAAGAGCCAGCCUAUAUAUUUUGGUACCACGAUGGAGAGAGGGUCCUGAAGUAUGACAGGAGCGCCAUCGAUAUAAGGACGGAAAGGCUCGGAACUGACACGACGGAGAGCACUCUCAUCAUUUUUCACGCAAAACCGGAGCAUUCGGGCAACUACACUUGCAGCCCUUCAAAUCUGGAUUCUGCGAGUGUCCUCCUGCACGUCCUGAAUGGAGAGCAUCCUGCGGCUAUGCAACGAGGGAAAAAUUCUGCUUCUCCGAUUCCGGGGUGGUCUCAUCUAUCCAUGGGGCUAGGACUGGCCACUUGCACCCCACCAAGGUUUGCUGCAGCAGUCGCUAUCACAGUGGCGGCCAUUGCCCAACUUUUGUCGACAACAACAUAGAGCCAAAUAGUGGGAUUGAAAGAAAAUUUUACGCUAUUAUCAUUUCCAAAUUAUUCAAUUGCCCUUUUUUCUCUUCACCAUUCCACCAAUUAGAUUUUAUACCAUAUUGAAAGAAAAUUGUAAUAUAGUAUCAUUUCGGAUUUUGAAAUUAAUUGGACCUACAAGAAGUUCAGCCAACUGGUUGAAAGAGAAACCCUCAGUAUCGAUAAAAAAUUUGGGAAUUAAGAUAAGAGCUCAUCUUCAACAGAGUUGAAACAAAGGUAAAAUAAGGGAAGAAUUGAUGCGAUGGUUGAAUUUCGUGUAGUGUCAUCUGUUUAAAAAAAAAAUUCCAUUCAAUACCGAUCUCACUCCCCUCUUAUAAAGUUUUCAAUUGGAACGAAAAAGUGCGUAUUAAAGACUAUUGAAAAAAUAGUGUUUUUCCGAAUUUAUGCAGACGAUUUCAAACGUUGUUUUUUCAGCAGAAACUGGAGGGAUUGUCCUUACAAUUUUUAUUCGGAAGAUUUUCUCCUCCAGGUUCUAUUUCAAGACAAACAGCUGAAAUAAUAUGUGUUUACCUUCGGAUAAUGCCAUAAUGGCCAAUAAGCUUCCUUUUUCGAGUUACACAGUUCAUCAAAUAUGAAUCGACUGUCCCUACAACUCCCCGCAUAUGCUUCAAAUUUCAAAAGGAUUCCCUUGAAUUAUGUUAAUAUCACGACGGCUAUAUAGGAAAGAAAACAUAUCAAUAAUACGCAUAGACUUAGUGGGUAUAUUCAAAUAUAACAAAAAAACGAAAUAAUCCCAAUCGCGACUCAUGAAUGCAUAAAGGAUUCCUUCAAUUUCAUUCUGAAAAUAAUCGUAUUUCAACAAAAUAUUCCAUUUCGAGAAAUGUUGACGAGCACAACAAAAAAAAUCCUGGUACCUAUAGUCCUUUCAAAUCUAAUGAGCCCUCAAUUAUAUUUCAAUUCUCAUCAAGCAUAAUUUUUCGUUCUCCCGAUUUCGACGAACAGAAUACCAAUUUCUAGACUGCUUCACUGCGAGCUUAUAAUAUCGGAUAAAUGAUGUAUAAAACUAUGUUCUUACAAGGUAACGAGUGUGGGCAUUUGAUACUUCGUAUUAUGUAAUUUACUGCUUUUCUCCAACCAAAGGGUGAAAUUAUGGAGGGCUCUACCCUCCAUAGGUGAAAUGAAGCAACAACCCCUUGGGACCAGUUGCCGUGACGCCUAUUACUGUUGACCUUACAACCGAUUUCAUGGCAAUUUUUUUCGAAUCAACUUUAUAUUUAGGUAUAUAUUUUAUGUGCACGUAAAAAAUUUCACCUACAUAUGCGGUUUCAACCGUAAAAUUUGCGUGUCGGGUGUAAAGGUUACUACGAUCUACAAUGUAUCUCUCGGUAUUUAUUGGAAGUAGGUAUCCGGAGGAGCAUUCCACAUAGUAAAGGAUAUUGAUCCUGAAUAAAGAGAUGUUCAAUCACAAGAUUAUU